AUGAUGAUUAUCAUGACGAUGAUGGCAUUGUAUGUUGUCGCCGAUUUAGUUCUUGUCUGAUAGAAGAAUGCGAGCAAAGGACAUUGUUAAUGCAUUUGAAAUUAUUAUUUAAUGAGUCAAUAAUGAGCAAAAAUAUCUUGACUGUAAUUGUACAGUACUUAGAUGUUUUAUCAUCACUGAUCACUGAAUGACUGAGACCGGAAAAAAGACACAGAAUGUCGGAUCACAGUCAUCGCCAUACAAAACCCACAAGUGAGGAGGUGUACCAGGAUGCCAAGAGAAUCCUGGAAGAAUACCUGAAGAGGAAGUUGAAAGACACAGAACCGAAUCACUCGAAGUAUGGGAGAAGUGAGAGCUACAAGGCUGCUUCAAAGGCAGGUGAGGAUGAGGAUGAAAAUCAGGAUGACUUGCAUGGUUCUCGGAAUGGCAUUGGACGUUCCAAAACCAUGCCUUCUAGUUUCAAAGUAGAAAAGGACUCACAAAACAAAAAUAAAAGAGGAACGAAAAAAAUCGGUCAUGGGUAUUCCUCUCCUGACACAGAUUUGGAUGAACCCCAUGAUGACAGUUCCCAACAACGAAAAAAGAAAAGUUUUUUCAAACGAGCCACAGAAAGAUUAAUGCAUGCAAUCCAUCGGGACCGUAGAUCCGGAGAUGAAGAUGUAAAUAUUUAUGAGUCAAAGACAGGACAAAAGGAAGAAGAUUAAAAGAAAGAAUAAAAAGGAAGUGCACGAUUCACCUGAUAUGAACAUUUCACAUGAGAAAAACACUCACAUACAUAUUGACUCACACAUAUCAUCUACCAGUGAUCGGCGUGCUAAAGGUGACACGUUGGAUAUUCCAGAUGAUAAGUCUUCACAUCAUGACAGCCAUUCAUCCUCUUCUAGAAGAAAUUCAGCAGGGAAAAAAUUCUUUGAUUCCAUACGAAGUCUUUUAGGAAGACGAAGAAGAGUUAUAUAACAGAAUCAAAGUCUGCUGAACCAGUAGAUUCCAGUGAACGAGAGCGGUCCUACUCACGGAGCAUAUCAACACCAGACAGAAACCUGGCAGCGGAGGGAGGCCAUAGGUCAAGAAGCAGUUCAAAAACACCGGAAUCAAAAGACAAGAAAGCUCAUGGCAUCAAGCAUGGAGACUCUGCAGGUCAGCGACAAACAAGGACUGAUUAUUUGGUAUCGCAGAGUACAGAUCACUCGGCACCAAGAACAAUCCGUGUUUAUGGUGCCCACGGUGACAAAGGUUUAUUCCCAAAUAUGGCACCUCCAAAUCCACCUUCAUGUUUAGAAGGUGCCGUAAUUGAAUCCAGUGUUGACAUAGAUAGGAAAUGUGUGACAAUCGCCGAUGAUGGAUUGUGGGAGUGUCAUGUGACUACACACACCCAUGAAAAGAUGAAGAUUCUGCCACAAACUUCUAUUGAAAUUGACGGUAACGCGGGCCCGCAAGAUGAAAUGGACGAUGUUGACUCUCCGACUGACUCGCCCGCUGACAAGGAUGAGGCUAUAGACAAGAUUGUGAAGAAGCUGAUAGAGAUUGGUGACAACUUGUCAUCAGAGAGCGAGUCUCAUCGGUCACAAGAAGCAGAGGGUGCUGUAGGGGGUGCACCAGGCAGAGGAGACGUGAGGCUGUCAACAUUGGAGCGGCAGAUCCUGGAGUGUCUGAGGGAAGGAGGAGACCGGAUGUCACACAACAUUGAUGAUCACGCUAAUGAAUUCAUCGAUGGUGCAGUGAGGCAGACAGUGUACCAGAAGUUUUGCACAACGCUUCCGGCAGUCAGUAGGUGAUGAAGUCAACUGGAACCAGAUGGCGCUGGUGUUCCAUGCCACAAA